UUAAUUGCGCUUAAAAAGUAUAUAAAAGAUUAUUAGAGUUUAUCUGUAAGAUAUGAUGUAAAAAAUUGUAAAAAUCUACAUCUAACCUUUGACGUAUACGAUAACGUAUAUUAUUAUAUUCGGAGAAGCUUAUCUUUCAUGACAGUAUGAGUUCUACCUCAAAAGAGUUUUGUUUAUAACGUAUUUAUUAUAAUAAGCAACAUGAAUCUCGUCAGAGUCUUUUUAAGAAAUAUGAGUCAACAAACAAAAUGUCAACCCUUAAAAAGGGUGGGGUUGAUCGGUGUUCCGUUUGAGAAAGGCCAAAAAAAGUAUGGAGUCAGUAUAGCACCCGCCGCUCUAAGAUCAGCUGGGUUGAUUGAACGCUUAAAGGACAUCGAUGGUUUAGAUGUGAAAGACUAUGGAGACAUCGAGGUCCCGUCGUCCGAAAGGCCUGUAGAUGUGGACAAUAUGGCUCACCUUCCACUUGUGUCAGCCUGCAACAAAAACCUAUCAGACAAAGUAUCACAAGUUCUAAAAGACGGUAGAGUUGCUGUUACCAUAGGUGGAGAUCAUUCUAUUGGAGUUGGAACGGUCGACGGGCAUUAUAAAGUAAACGAGAACAUGAUCCUUAUUUGGGUAGACGCUCAUGCUGACAUCAACACUAACAAGACUUCCGAAUCGGGUUCCGUCCAUGGCAUGCCAGUAGCUUUACUUGUUAAAGAAUUAUCUGACUACUGGCCUUACCUACCAACCAUGGACUGGCAAGUCCCAAAAUUUUCGAUAAAGAAUCUCGGAUACAUUGGCCUUAGAUCAGUAGACAAGUACGAAAGGCUGGCAAUAGAAAAAUACGACGUGCCUGCGUUCGCAAUGGAAGACAUAGAGGAUUAUGGAAUUCAUAAAUCCAUAGACCACGUUCUGCAGAGGCUAGACCCCAAAGGAAAUAAACCGAUCCACGUCAGUUUCGACAUCGAUUCAUUGGAUUCUUUAGAGGCUCCCAGUACGGGCACCCCUGUUCGAGGAGGUCUUACACUUCGGGAAGCUAUCAAAUUGAUGGAGAUUAUUCACGCAACUGGCCGUCUCCGAGCAUUUGACCUUGUUGAGAUUAACCCAGCUCUUGGUAAUGACUCUGAUAGGAAGAGAACUAUUGAAGCUGGCAUGAGCGUGAUGAUGGCAGCCUUAGGAUUCUCGCGACGUGGGAUGACACCUCGUGGGGUUUCGGAUUUACCUGUGCAAACGUAUCAUAAAAAUAAAUGAGGCAAAUAUAUUUUAGCCCUAAAUUGUAUAUUCUGUGAAACGGAUCCUAAGCAAAAUGACAUGAUUGAUGUAGAAAAAGUAUUCGAAGAAUACUUCUCAAAAUUACCGAAUAACCAAAGUAAAUACGUUAUAAACGAAGGGAUAUCGAAAAUGAUUUCAAGAUAUUUUGAUGGAAAAGUGAACGCGUUCCCAUUGUUUAAAGUAAGUA